AUGACUUACGACAGUUUUCCGUUCAGCCCUCGAUAUGUACAUGAUACAAAUGGUAAAAAGAAAGAUGACAAAAAGCAGUUUACGUGUGAAAUAUGUGAGUAUAACACUGGGAAGAAAUACAAUCUAGAAAGACAUAUAAAGGUUCAUGUUGAUACAGACGAAAGUGCAAGUAAAACUACAUUGAUGUGCGAUGUAUGGGGAAUGCAGUUCUUGUCUAAAUUUGGAAUGGCCUUGCACACAAAAAAUGAGCAUUUAAAACAAUUCAAAUAUGAAUGCCAGAUUUGCAAGAAAGGAUUUAACCAGUUGCUUCCUUGCUUCCAUAUAAGGGACACGUAUCAUCGCAUGUUAAACACACCAAACAGAAAU